GUGCAGAUGAAAAUCCACAGAAAGAUACGAAAGAUGAAAAUCCACAGAAAAAUAUGAAAGAUGAAAAUUCACAGAAAAAUAUGAAAGAUGAAAAUUCACAGAAAAAUAUGAAAGAUGAAAAUUCACAGAAAACUACAAAAGAUGAAAAUUCACAGAAAAAUACAAAAGAUGAAAAUCCACAGAAAGAUACGAAAGAUGAAAGUUCGAAAAGAAUAGUUAAACUAGAAAUUUUGAAUUGGAUUAUAAACAAAACACCACGCACGCCUGAAAAUAAUCCAAAUAUUCUAUGGCAAGAGUUGAUAAAGUCACUUACUGAAAAUAAUCCAUGGCAAGAGUUGAUAAAGUCACUUAAAGAUGAAAAACUACGCACGACUGAAAAUAAUUCAGAUAUUCUAUGGCAAGAUUUGAAACGAUUACUAGCAAAUAAUCCAGAUAUUCUAUGGCAAGAUUUGAAACGAUUACUAGCAAAUAAUCCAAAGAAUCAAAACCAAGAAGCUGAACAAGAAAAUAAAGAAAACCAAGAAGCUGAACAAGAAAACCAAGAAACCGAAGCAAAGAAACAGGAAAAUCAUUCAACACAAGUAACCUGGAAUAAUUUUGAGUUGUUUUUUAAGGUUUGGACUUCCUUUCUACAUGAAAUUACAAUCAAUUCCAACGGACAAGCAACCGAUGCUGAGGAAACCGAACAAGAAAAGAAACAGGAAAAUAAUCAAAAACAAGAAAAUAAUUCAACACAAGCAACCUGGAAUAAUUUUGAGUUGUUUUCUAAGGUUUGGACUUCUUUUCUACAUGAAAUUACAAUCAAUUCCAACGGACAAGCAACCGAUGCUAAAGAAAAUACUCCAACGCAAGCAGCCUGGAAACAUUUGGAGCCGUUUUUUAAGUUUUCGGCUUAUUAUCUGGCCGAUGCUAAAGAACAAGAAAAGAAACAGGAAAAUAAUCAAAAUCAAGAAAAUAAUCAAACACAAGCAAUUUGGGAUGAUUUUGAGUUGUUUUUUAAGAUUUGGACUUCUUAUCUACAUGAAAUUACAAUCAAUUCCAACGGACAAGCAACCGAUGCUAAAGAAGAAAGCGAACAAGAAAAGAAACAGGACAAUAAUCAAAAACAAGAAAAUAAUCAAACACAAGCAAUUUUGGAUGAUUUUGAGUUAUUUUUUAAGUUUUGGACUGGACAAGCAACUGAUGCUGAAGCAAAUAAUCAAAAACAAGCUUGGGAUAAUUUUGAGUUGUUUUUUAAGGUUUGGACUUCUUUUAUGCAUGAAACUGAAGACACCGACCAAGCAAAUAAACAGGAAAAUAAUUCUGAGUUGUUUUUUAAGUUCUGGACCUCUUUUGUACAUGAAACUAAAGAUUUAAGUGAAUUCUCUAAAGAACAAUUUCAGAACGUAGUGUGUAAAACAAUACGAUUAUACUUAGAAAAAUAUGAAUUCCAUGAGAGGGUAAUCCAUGCAACAAAUUUAUACUUCUAUGAAAUCUCUAGAAGUAUCAUUGAUCCUAAUAAGGAUGUAACAAAUGAAGAUUUAAUAGAAAUUGCCAAUACAGGAGUACUAACAACGAAUGAAGUCCAAAAAAGUACAACACAGAAUGGAAAUAUAACAACGAUUGGAAAUACAGCAACGAAUGAAGUCCAAAAAAGUACAGCACAGAAUGGAAAUAUAACAACGAUUGGAAAUACAGCAACGAAUGAAGUCCAAAAAAGUACAGCACAGAAUGGAAAUAUAACAACGAUUGGAAAUACAGCAACGAAUGAAGUCCGAAAAAGUACAGCACAGAAUGGAAAUACAACAACGAUUGGAAAUGCAGCAACGAAUGGAAAUACAGCAACGAAUGAAGAUACAGUAUUGAAUGAAGCUGCAAUAAAACAAUUUUUAUCGCUAGUAUGUAGUAGCAUUUUAA